UCAUGGCAUUCUAGAUUAGAUUCUUUCACUUUGUGUGCGAAGCGAUACCAAUGAGACAGCACAAGCUAGUAUCAUCGUCUCUUAGCAACAAUAACCGGCGACCCACGAUUCUUUAUCUGGUGUGUGCCGCUGCAUUGUUCUCCCUCCUCCUCUUCGCUAUCCAAUCCUCUUUCUUCGCAGGCUCUCUCUAUUCAGAUCGCGAUUCAGACGCAAUUCGUCUCUUGUCUCACUUUCAGUCCAGUGUUCAGCAAUGCGUGGCUAACAGGGGGCUUGGACUCACUGCACAUAUUGUUGACCACUGCAAAUUGAUCCUUAAGUUCCCUGAAGGCACCAACAGCACAUGGUACAAUGAACAGUUUAAAAUCUUUGAACCUUUGGAGUACAAGUAUGAUGUAUGUGAAGCAAUCCUAUUGUGGGAACAGUACCGUAACAUGACUACAGUGUUGACCAGAGAGUAUCUUGAUACGCGUCCUGAUGGUUGGUUAGAUUAUGCUGCAAAAAGGAUAGCACAAUUGGGAGCUAAGAAGUGUUAUAAUAGGACUCUUUGUGAAGAGAACCUCAAUAUAUUAUUGCCUGCAAAACCCCCCUUUCAUCCACGGCAGUUUCGUACGUGUGCUGUUGUUGGAAAUUCUGGAGACCUUCUGAAGACAGAAUUUGGGAAAGAAAUUGAUAGUCACGAUGCUGUUUUUCGAGACAAUGAGGCCCCUGUUAAUCAGAAAUAUGCCAAGUACGUUGGACUUAAGAGGGAUUUCCGGCUAGUUGUAAGAGGUGCUGCUCGUAACAUGGUCCCUAUUCUAAAUGGGUCUGAUGACGAGGUACUCAUAAUCAAGAGUCUGACACAUAGAGAAAUCAAUGCAGUUAUAAAGACUUUACCAAAUCCAGUCUAUCUCUUCCAAGGUAUUGUACUACGUCGAGGUGCCAAAGGAACUGGAAUGAAAUCUAUUGAGUUGGCGCUCUCCAUGUGUGAUACUGUUGAUAUAUAUGGGUUCACUGUUGAUCCAGGAUACACUGAAUGGACAAGAUACUUCUCUGCUCCUAGGAAAGGACACAAUCCACUUCAAGGAAGAGCAUACUACCAAUUUCUAGAAUGUCUUGGGGUAAUCAGGAUUCAUUCCCCCAUGAGAUCUAAGAGGAGGCAAGACUGGUCAGAUGUGCCAAGUAGAGAAAUGAUAAGCCAAGCACAUGCAGCUGCUUUGCGCUUGAAAAGGAGUCAAGCUGAUCAGGCUGGUGACUUAGGGCAGUUUGGCAGUUGUAAGGUGUGGGGCAAUGUGGACCCUGACAAAAGUGGACCCAUCUCUGGAUCGCCAGACAUGAGUGAUGUCAGGAAGAACUCAAAUUAUAAUAAAUGGGAAGUCAUGCCUUUUGAGAGUUUGAGGAAAGAAGCACAAGAUCACUAUCACCAGAUGCGAGGUGUCUCUCUGUAUAAAAUGGACGGCAAUAAGUUGGAUGAUCUAGUGUGUGUCAGACAUUCCUUAAAAUCUGAGGUGUAAAUGGUGUUUUUGCUGUCUAUUGUUAUUCUCUGAUCACACCUAACCGUCUUCUAAAUGGAAUCUGGGAUGAAGUUAGCUUCUGAGGGCUUUUGAGACGUAUAGCUCCUCAGCCUUUCGUCUGUUCCAUCACAUAUUGCGGCUUUCGGCGCAUAAGAAGAAUCUCAACUCCAUCGAGGGAAAAUCAGGGUGUUGAAUAUGCUUAAUUUCAUUGAACCAGAUGAUUUAUACUCCAAGGUGAUUCAUGGUAGGGAUCUAGAAACCACAAUAUAGGGAUUCUGACUACAGAAAUUUGUUGUGCCUCAUUUAUCAGGUUUGAAAUGAACAGGGCCUAUUCAAUAGUAUGAUAGAUGUCAAUCUUUUAGGAUGUAUUGAUUGGUUGAAGAAGCAUUUGCGGAAAAUACUUUUCUUUAAUGCGAUGAUCAACAAAGCCUAAAAAGCAGAAAAGUGAUUAUCAACUGUUUUUGUGAACUGGAUGAGUUUUACUGGAAUUUGUAGCCAAGCUUUUUUGCUUUAUGAUUUUCUAUUUUGGAAGUCUCAUGCUACUGCCUCAUCUGUGUUUCUGCGCAUGAAACUUUGCACUUAUUU